GCUGUAGUGGACCUUGUUUGAUUCGUUGUCAGCUGUUCGUCCAUGCAGAGCAGACCGCGGUUUUAUCUCGACCCAUUCUCCUCCUCCUCUGAAUAGAGUUUGGGCGCUCCACUCUUUUCUUUUGUUGUUGAACGCAGCCCAUACAGUCCGGCCCCUUCCCCUUCCCCCUUGCUCUCUUUCUUUUCCUUUUUUUCUCCACCCAUCCUCCCAUCUCUCAUUCACUCUAUUUCAUCCAUCCAGGGUGACGCCAGUCCCUCUCACCCCGCCCCGUUCAACUCAGUCCACUGCGUUCAUUUCAUUCCUGCUCCCAUUCCGCGCAUAUUUCGCAUCCUUGGAGAGACGCUGCGCAUUUUACGCACUCAGCGCGCCCGAUCCUGCAUCAAACCAAAACCGUGAGCAGACUCUGGAGUUGGCGGAGUGCUUCCCGAUGCUGUAACGACUCCGAUCCGUGGAAAAGUGUGGGAAUUAAUCCAUAAAGAGGCGUAUGAAUCGAGGGGUCCUGCUGUCUGACGGAUUUGGACCAGCUUGCUGAGUUGUCUACAGUUUACCAGCCACUUUUAGCAUUAGUUAGCAUUUUGGAUUUGCAUUUUUUAAGCAGCAGCAAGAAUUAGCAUUCAGUUUCUAGUUGUCCACAGCUGACUGUCUUCCGUUGGAGUUAAGUAUUGCUAUUAGUAUUAACUUCAGCUUGUUUUUAGUAUUAGCUUUUUGUCACUUCACCUACUUGGAUCAAACCAUUAGCAUUAGCACUGACUACACGUCGGCUAGUUAACAGUUAGCUGCCAGUAUGGAACGCAGUAGCUGGAGUGGCAGUGAGAGUCCAGGGGACGACAUGGAAAGACUAAGUGACUCAGGAGGGGAUAAGACCAUGGACGGGGACCCUGAGGGGGUCUGGAGCCCCGACAUUGAGCAGAGCUUCCAGGAGGCGCUAGCCAUCUACCCGCCCUGUGGAAGGAGGAAGAUCAUACUGUCAGAUGAAGGAAAGAUGUACGGUCGAAAUGAGCUGAUAGCCAGAUACAUCAAGCUCCGAACAGGCAAGACGCGAACAAGGAAACAGGUAUCCAGUCAUAUCCAGGUUUUAGCAAGAAGAAAGUCCAGGGAGUUUCAAUCCAAACUAAAGGACCAGAAUGCCAAGGAGAAGGCUCUGCAAAGCAUCUCCUCCAUGUCAUCGGCUCAAAUCGUCUCAGCCACCGCCAUACACAGCAAGCUCCUGCCUGGAAUAGUACGAGCCAGCUUCCCCAGCAAUGCACAGCUGUGGCAAGGGAUGAUUCCUGGAGGACAGUCGAGCUCCACCUCAGAAGAUAUCAAGCCGUUCUCUCAGCAAGCCUACACUGUGCAGACAGCAGGAACCACCACAAUCUCAGGCUACGAGCCUCCCGCUGCAGCCCAGACACACAGAGAGCCUGCGUGGCAGGGUCGCUCCAUCGGCACCACCAAACUACGACUGGUAGAGUUUUCAUCUUUCCUGGAGACACAUAGGGACCAGGAGGCAUACAACAAGCACCUGUUUGUGAACAUCAGUCAGAACAGCCCGAGCUACAGCGAUCCCCUGUUGGAGUGUGUGGACAUCAGGCAGAUCUACGACAAGUUCCCCGAGAAGAAGGGUGGCCUUAAAGAGCUGUUUGCCAAGGGCCCACAAAACGCUUUCUACCUGAUCAAGUUCUGGGCGGACCUGAGUUAUAACGUGCAGGACGACCCAGCGGCCUUCUACGGUGUCACCAGCCAAUACGAGAGCUCGGAGAACAUGACCAUCACAUGCUCCACGAAGGUCUGCUCCUUCGGCAAGCAGGUGGUCGAGAAAGUGGAGACGGAGUAUGCAAGGUUUGAAAACGGGCGAUUCAUCUACAGAAUCAGUCGCUCUCCGAUGUGUGAAUACAUGAUCAACUUCAUCCACAAGCUCAAACACCUGCCUGAGAAAUACAUGAUGAACAGUGUGCUGGAGAACUUCACUAUACUGCUGGUUGUGAGCAACAGAGACACUCAGGAGACCUUGCUGUGUAUGGCGUGUGUGUUUGAGGUGUCCAACAAUGAGCACGGAGCUCAGCACCACAUCUAUCGACUUGUCAAGGAAUAACACACACCUGUACACGUGCACACACACAUGGCCUUUUGCUUGGUGAUUAAUGGUGACAUUGGAGGUAAAAUGUCCAAUAAACUGAAUUCUACAAAAGUGUCUUUCAGCCAAACAACCUGAAUUAGUGGCUACAUUUUCACUGCUGCUCACAAAGCACCACAACGAUAAUUGGGUAUUUUUUUUAUUUAACAUUAUAUAUAAUGCAGUGUGCUGCAGAAACAACCUCAACAGGAACAUUUCCACACAUAAAUCUUAACCACAACCUGAAUAUCGGAUCCUUGAUAGCAGUAAAAGGCAAAGUGAAACACAUCAGAGCCAACCUGGGUGGUUUUCCCAAAAACAUCCUGACUCUGAUAUCGCCUGGAGAUGUCUUGCCUCAUGCUGAUUGGUUUCUUCCCCUCUUUCUCCCAGUAAAUUUGUAUUUUGCUGUUCUGUAGAUGGAAAUGAAAGUGGUCCUGUGGUGUGCUUUUGGGAAAGUCAACCCAGGGACAAAAAAAUGAAAUCUCACAAUUUUUGCCCCCUGUGACAAAAGUGUAUGUGUUAUCUGCCAAGAUACUGACGGACACUAAAGGUCAGACCCUGUGUAACAUCAAUAACCAGAGAAGGAAGUAACACUGCUGCAUUAUCAUAUAAUACAGUAUAUAGGCGGUUUUGUACAAUGGCCACUGCAAAUUGUGUGAGCUGCAUUCUUGCACAAAAAAGAGGUUUGUUCCCAAAGAAGAGAAAUCAAAAUUUUUACCUUUGUAUGUUUUCUUUGAAAAAAAAAUGAAAAAAAGAAUAGCUUCUUAACUUUGGGAAAUUGUUUAUUGAUAGUAGCAUAUAGGCUAGACUAUAUUUUAAUUCCAGGAACACUAUCUAAAAUGUAUGUUAAUAAGAAAAUAUAAGUAAAAUUGAACAAUUCAGGUACCUAUUUGUGCAACAAGUGACUCUUCAUCAAGAUUUAAUGAAUAAAUAAGCAUGUUAAAGCUAUAAUCCUUAAGAUUUUAGUCCUUUUGUGACAAAUUCAUUACACUUCCUGUCAGUGCUUCACAAUAAAAGCAGUGUCAUUUAAACAGUGAAGCAGCAACAGUAGGGAGUGUUGGCUUAGUACAGCUCCGAUAUGGCUGUAGGGGCCUAAAAAGCCUGUAAGAGUGAGCCUAAAAUAACAAACAGUAAAACUGUUUUUCAUACAUGUGUCCUGUGAGGCGAUUUGAAUCUGGCACGGUAAUGGCCACUAAUAACAAAAAUAACCACAUUGAGAGGUAAUUGUAGAAUUUAAAUAGAUUGAAUGGCUAUUACUGAAGAUUAAAAAAAAAUAGUGUUUGAUUUCAUAAAAAAAUCUUAAAGAUUGUAGCUUUGAUAUCAAAUAUAUUGUAAUCAGUCCAUUGGGAAGCACUGUGAAUCUUCAAAACUAUACAACAGCGUCAUUAUGGUGCACAAGGGAAAGAUCGUUUUCAAACCUAUGCUUCUUGUGAUCAGGUUUCACUUUGCAAAUCAAACUUAGCUUAGUUCUUUAUUCUUGCACCAGCUAACUUGAGCUUUAACAUGUCCCUACUAACAAACAUGUUCAAGCCUUAAAUGAUAUCAAGUCCAUAUUUAAAUUUAAGAAUGCCCUGAAAGGAAGCCAUGGCACCUGUGGUUGAAGACACGGUUCCCUUUAAUCAGUCCUGGACUUGUUACCUUCAGUUAGAGGAUAUUAUGUCAGAAUUUAAGUCAUUUAUGAGUCAAAAACCAAAAAACUGUUGAUGAGGUGUACUGUAGCAGGUGAUGAUUGGUGGUUCGUCUUGUCAUGCUCAGCAGCAUGAAGUGCCUUUGGUCGGAAACAGCAGAAGACAUUUCUUAUCUGUUUCACAAGAGUCCUGAUAAUUUGGUGUUGUAAAUGGUGUAUAGAAACAUUUUAGUCAAUAUAAAUACAUAAUUAGGUUUUACGUGCUCCAGUUUUUAGUGUCUGAGGGCUAAUUAUCCAAAUUCCAUAUUUAAUGACUGUUUCUUGUUGUAAUUUGUAGACAGUCAGCAGCAACCAUCCUAAAGAAAGAAACUCUGCACAGGAUGUUAAUGAGACACAUUGUUGUUCACUUCAUUUUAUGGCAGCAUUUACAUGUAUUUGCAUCUGUGUAUUACAUGUAUUUGUGAGGGGUUUGUGUUACACACUAGCUGUUGUCUUGUGCCUCAUUUAUAACGUACAACUUGUCACUACUAGAGGAGAAAUUAAUUCUAAUUUGUGUAUCUUCUUACAUGUUUUUACGAAAAAGAUUCCAUAUUGAACAAUAAUAGAACGGCUACAUUCAACACUGCUGAUUAACACAGUGUCAAGACUCACAGGGUUAAGUUUCCUAUGUGACCAGCUGGGAUGCUAUGUGGUGUCCAAAUAUUAGCAGUAAUUUCUAGAGAAAAUAUUGCAAAUGUAUUGUGUAAAGGGCAACUUUUACCAUUUCAUUAUGUCAGGAAACCCCCCUCAAAAUCCACCGAGCCUUUCCCAGAGUUUAGUCUCACACUACAGUGGUUUGUUGUUUGCAGGCAGACUACCAGACCUUCACAGCAGAGCACUAACAUGUAACAUGUACCCGAUAACUUAACACAGAGUCUCAGAGGGGCUGACUUUGCAAUAAUGACCCUCUAUCUGGACAUGAUCUACCACCUGCUUACCAAAGACAGUCAUCAUGUGACACAGAAAUACAGAGGAAAUGGGAUUUAUUUCAAGCUAGAGUAACUUACAAGCUUCUGCCAAAUAAAUAGUUUAAAGGAAAAAGAGGAUCAAUCUACAAACAUCUGCAGCUCAUGGGCUGCACUGUUAAACUGUACAGUAAAAUAAAGAAAUGGAAAUAGGAUUUUAAAAAACGUAAGCGUUUUGAACCUGGUUUGUACGGAAGCCCUGAGAGGCAAGUUAGCAAAUAAAAAAAACUGAAAUAAGUGAUACAUUUUCUAAGUCUGAUCUGAAUAGUUAUCUUCUCUGUGUUUAUCACUUAAGAAACAUUAAAAAUAAAAAUCACCUGCUAAAAAAAAUUAUCUGGUGAAACUUCUUUUUCACUUUAAAAAAAAAACACAACAUAAAUACAUUUAAAAAAACUGGAAAAAUUAACCUUUUUAAACUGUUCUUUAAGUCAUAAACACUGAAGAGAAAACAAUUUAAUCAGACAGAUCAGGAUUACUAGAAGUUUUUUUUUGCCUUUCAGGGCUUCCGUAGGUUUAGGAAAGCAUGCAUUAACAUGUUUUUAAGACUAUUUUAUAUUAUUUGACCUUAUUAAAUAUGGACACCUCUUAACAUCUUGAUUGGCAGACUGAAGAAGCCCUGUAGAGAAGGUCACAGGAAACAGUGAUUUAUCAAAAUGCCCCAAACUUUACAAGGACUCAACUCUAGGGCUUUACUGUUAAAUGUCCGCUUACUAUAAUCCGCUAGAGAAUGUGCUCACACCAAUAAAAACACACAAACAGCAGUGUAUAUGUGUUACCUAAAGGUUAUUCAACAGGUUUUGAAGUUCAGUAAACUGCUGAGUCAUCCGUGUUGUUAAUGUUGUCUCGUAUGUGCAAGUUGGAUAUUUAUCUUCUUUUCCGAACCACACGUGGCACAGAAAUCCUGUCUGUAAUCAAUUCCAAAAUGGCCUUGAAUCUUUCCACUUCGGUGCAUGUGCAGCACAUCUGUAUGUGCACUGAGGGUUUUUGAUAAGGUGCUUUAUAUAAAGGUGACAAUAACGUUUAUUACAGAUGUUGUGUAUAUCUUUGAUAUUCUAAUGUUUAUCCUAUUUUGCGAAGAAGAAGAAGAAGAAGAGAGAACAUUUAGGAAAAUCCAAAAGCUAAUUGUGUGUCUAUUGGUACUGCACAGGGUCUGAUCUUUGCUUUGUAACUUUUUUCCCCUCAUGGCUAAAAGUAUGUUAGAUAUUUUCUAGCUUUGUAGAGACUUUGUACGCAUAUGCUAUUGAGUUUAAAUAAAUGGUCAGUUCCAAACUGUGA